AUGGCAAUGCCAUUAAACUGUUUAAAAAAAACACACGGAUUCUUACCAUAUAAUAUUAACCAUAAGAUAUUGGGUAAUUUAUAUAAAAUUAAUACAAAUACAGCAAAAAAUGGAGUAAAGACUGAAAUUAUAAAUGGGAAAGAGUCAUAUGGGCUAGCUCAAAAUAUAGACCCUGGAAAUAUAGAAUAUAAAUAUUGUUCUUAUUUGAAGCCAAUGGAAAUAAAAGGAAUUAAAAGGGCUGAUCGAAAAUUUGAUUAUAAUAGUAGUUAUGCAUUUAUGAAAAAACAAAGUGAUUUUAAUGAUGAUUUAAACAAGACAAACAUAUUAUCAAAAUAUUUAUACAAUGGGAUGAAAAUCCCUUUACCUCCCAAACGAUAUAAAUUAUCAGAAUAUGUUGACGUUAGGGUAGAUAUGUUUUCCCCCAUUAUUGUUUGUAGUGUUAUAUGCCUUCCAUUCUUUUUCACCGGAUUUAUGUGGUCUGUGCCACAAGGCGGUUCAGGGCAUUAG